AUUUUUCCCUCUCUCGUCUCGCUCUGCGAAAACACUGUAGACUGUGAACCCUGAAGAGUGUACUUUCUUGUCUGUAUUUGCUUCUAUUGCUGCUCUCGCUACCUUCUUCUCACCAAAGAAAAUCACACGCCAUUGUUCCUUCCUCCGAACAGUUUCGAGCCGGAGAGAACUCUCUUGUCGGAAUGGAGAUCUGAGAGCCGUGGGAUUCUCGGCUCUGGAAGUGGAAUGGUGAAAACCGGCGGCGAUAUGGAGAGGGACGGUGGUGUUAGAGCGGAGGUUGAUACUUCGGCGCCGUUCGAGUCGGUGAAAGAGGCCGUCAGUAGGUUUGGCGGAAGCGGCUUUUGGAAACCCUCUCACAGUCACAGUCACAGCCACAGUCAGCUAUCUGAACACGAGCAUGAUAAGGACGAGGUUGAGGUUGACAGUGCUAAUUUGGAGAAGCACGCAAUGAGCAUGGAGAAUGAACUGAUUAUCAAAGAAAGGGAGACCCUGGAAGUAUUGAAAGAACUGGAAGCAACCAAGAGGAUUGUGGAAGAUUUGAAAUUAAAACUGCAAAAAGAAGCAUUUGAGGUCAGCGAGACUCGGCAUACGACGAGAGAGGAUACGAAUGAAAUUGCUGCUAAGGAAGCAGAUAAGGAAAACCAGGGGUAUCUUGAUAGUCCUGGUCAGAAUGUGCAAAGCUGCCCUGCACCUGGUUUAAUUCUUAUGGAACUGGAACAGGCCAAGUUAAAUCUUACUAGGACUACUAGUGAUAUUGCUGAUAUUCGAGCUUCUGUUGAAUCUUUUAACAAGAAAUUGGAGAGAGAAAGAACUGGGCUUGAGAAAACUCGAGAGAGGUUAGCUCAGAAUUCGUCCAAUAUAUUAGCCCUUGAGGAAGAGCUAAACCAAACAAAACUAAAGCUUCAAGUGGUGAAAGAUGCUGAGGCAAAAGGUUUUCCGGAUAACCAUUUAGAGAUUUCGAAGGAGCUGCAACAAUUAGGUUUUGAGGCGGAGAAGUUCAAGGAAAUGAAGGCAGCGGUGGAACUAGAAGUUUUGAGAAUUGAAUCCGAGAUUGAACGGAACAAGGCCAUGAUGAAUACAGCUCAAGUCAAGUUGUUUGCAGCCAGAAAAAUGAAGGAAGCUGCCAGAGCAGCAGAAGCUGUUGCUCUCUCUGAGAUCAUGAUCCUGACAAAGCAUGAGAAUCCAUCUAGUGAUAUUUCACAAACUCAUGGAAGUGAACGUGUAACUCUUUCAUCAGAGGAAUAUUCGACUCUCGCUCUUAUAGCUUGUGAAGCUAAAGAACGAUCUCGUAAGAGAGUUAUAGAUGUCAUGCAGCAAGUUGAUGCUGCAAACGCAUCGAAGAUGGAGAUCUUGAAUCAGGCAGAGAAAGCUUCUGAGGAACUCAAAAUAAGUCAAAUAGCACUGGAAGCAGCUCUGAGCAGGGUGGAUGCUGCAAAUCAGGAAAAGCUAGCAGUGGAAGAAGCUCUACGAAAAUGGAGGUCGGAGCACGGUCAGAAACGGCGAACCGUUCAAAACUCUACCAAGUUUAAGAAUCCUUGUCCUCCUCACUAUAAAAGGGAUUCUCGGCUACUCGAUGUAAAUGGAAUGAAUAUGGUAAGUGAUGGACCGAUGCCUGUUUUGAAGCCAACCCUUUCGAUCGGGCAAAUACUAAGUAGGAAACUGUUACCUCCUGAACAAUUCGAGUCGGCAACUCCCUCUGAGAAAAGCUCAGUCAGAAGGAAGAUGUCCCUUGGUCAGAUGCUCAGCAAACAAAAUGACGAUCUAUCCUCUUUGAAGAGAGCUGAAAAAGAUACCAGCCAGAAGCAGCCUUCUGGAAAAAGAAAGAAGUCGGGAUUCGCUCGGUUUACGCUGCUGUUGGCGAAGCAAAGUAAGAAGAAGAAGAAACUCACAGUUGCUAAGAAGCAACCAGUAAGUUUAGUUUAAUUUGGUUGAUCUCAAGAUCCUCCACACCUGGGUUCUAAGUGCCUUUUUUCUUGUAUCUUCUCUCCACUUGUUAGGUCUUUCUUUAGGAUGAUGAUGUUUAUAUUUUGGAUAGUUUCUAAACGGCUUUGCCUUAUAUUUAUAUCUUGUUCUUGAUCUUUUAA